UACUUUUAAUUUUUCCCGUCGCCCAUCCAGAAAUCGAGACCGGAAGCUACCUGCACUGUUUAGGUUAGUUUCACGCUUCUUAAUCAUGUAGCAUAGUGCAAGAGCAGUCGGAUUCUCAUCAACGCGGCUUCCCUUUCUAAGUGCUUAAGAGGUCUCCUUCACACCUUUCCUUGAUCUCAUGAGGUUUUCGAUCGAGGUCAAGGAAAAGUAUUUAAGAAAAGACGUACGACGUAUUUUUUCUUUUUUUUACUAUCCGACCUCCGUCUGGUCUUUGUAUCCCGCCUGCAUGAACCACAUGACCAAACGCGGAAAUGUACAACGCAACGUCUGCUGUAGUUGAAAUCAUGUGAAGUGCCACGAUUCUCACAUGGCAUGUAUUUGGGGAGUGCAAUGGAAGAUAUAAUAUCCUUAAGUUCAGGGAGCGAAGGAGACUCCGACCUAGAGGUGGUUGGAUGUUACAGUGAUGAUACUAAAGAAGACGCCAGACCAUUUCUCAGGGUCGACUGGGUGCCUGUUAAACCGGUUUUCAUUGACUUGUCAAAACUCAGAAGAAGACGCCCCCAGCGGUGCCAGCUUGGUCCUUAUGAAGUUGUGGACUUGAGUCGUGUAGAGGAAAGAGACUCUGAAGCUGUUGUUUGUACUGCACUAUCAGUGUCAGAUAAAGAGGACGAUUCUCUAGAUCAACAAGGUGAAUGUCAGAUUCUCCCUUCCCUUGCAACUGACACAAGCCAAAGUUGUACAGUGGAAAGUUCACAGAUAAUAGAGCCAUCCCAAACGCCUUGUUUGCUUCCUGUUUGUGUAGCCCUGGCAGGAGCAGAGAAAGAGGGAGAUGGCCUUCAAUUCGAAGGUGAAUCUCACGUUCCAUUGCCAGCUGCACUGAUUUUACCCCAAAAUAUAUCUGUGGGAGAUUUGCCCCAGAUAGAUUUGAACCAGAUAGACUUCACAGGGUCCUCUGUUCCUCUGGGAAGUGAGGGGCUGCCUCUGUUGGAAGGGUGUAGUUCACAGAGAGACUCCUUGGAGAGCGUCCCCUCUCCGUUCAGCCUUGAUAGCCCCUAUCACUGUCCGUCUGAGAUCGACCCAGUGUUGUUCUCAGACGAGUCAAACAUGCUUGACUUGAAGGAGACCACUUUUACCACAGAUUUUUUCGACCACCCGGCAGAGUCCCCUUGCAUGCCUUACAGCUCUGCCCACACUGACGCUCAAGGCAACUCUGCCCACACCGACGCUCAAGGCAACUCAGCGUUUGGCACAUCUUCAUCUGUGGCUGACUUGGGAGCGGUUUGGGAAGAGGAUGAGCAGCUAGACCCUUCCUCGUCUUCUGCUGCGUGUCAGUCCGACGUUUCUACUCCGUGUCCUCUCUCGGCGUUACCUGCCGCAGACACUGUGUCCACGUGGACAGAAACCCAGAACAAUUGUACCCCAAAUUCUCCAGGUAGGCCGGUUUCUGGUGACAGCAGGACCGUCGUUCCGAGUCCAAGCCCCCUCUAUAAUGUUCCCUGUCCUCAAAGUUUCUGUGUCUCGUACCCUUUACCUGAAAGAGGGUGUCAAGAACAGGAGGGGGAGAUACUCGGGACCAAUCAUAACGGUCAUGGUCAAGCUGAUAACGGACACGAUGACUCUGGCAGUCACGUGAUGUCUGGUCUUAGUCCUGGGAUGUCUGGACGGGAAAUACAGAACCAACAAUACAUUUCUCAUAUUCAGCUGAAGAAGUUGAAAAAACAGAUGGGGGCGGUUGUUCAAGGCCGGAUUGAUGAUGAGGAGGAGGAGGACGAAGAGGAGGAGGAAGACUACGGUCCGCCUGAGUUACUGUGCAGACAGAGCCUGAGUCUAGUGUACAGCACGAUUGAGGAGAACUACCCCGAGGGAACCCUUCAACUGCUGUCGGAUUUUCUGCAACCUCGGUACUACCCCCCACCCGACAUCAUGGCACACCUCCUCAGGGGGAUCCUGAUGGACCCUCACUGCCCCGACGUCCUGGCCCUGGAGGCCUACGCUCUGCUGACCAGGAUUCAAAUGUAAGUCAGCUGCACACACACAGACACACAGACACACAGACACACAGAGUAGGAUUCAAAUGUAAGUCCGCUGUUUUAAGGUUCUAAACUCUACUGAUGAGGAUUCAGAUUUACAGUACCAGUCAAAAGUUUGGACACACCUUUAAUUUUUUUGAG